AUGAACAAUGAGGAAGGACAAGCGGCGGGACCGUCAAACGAGUUUAUCGAGCUCGAGCCGGGGUCGGAGUGGCGCUUUGAGCUGGAAGCGGAUGAGAACAUCGCAGUAAGAGUCCAUACCGCCGAUCCAAUCUACAUCAAUUCGUCCGAAAUCCCACGGUCGACAUGGUAUCCACUACACCGAUAUCUCAAGUCCGCGCUGUACGGCCCUAGUGGUGGCAGGCUCGAAGUAUCCGCACUCCCCGGCUCGCAGUACUCGUCAACAACAACCAGUCAGCCCGCUCUCGUUUCUCUCCACCUGGCGCUGGAAAGGCAGCGUAUCCUCGCUCGGCGGCAUAUCGCAGGUUCGGACGCACCGGCCUACGACGCGCCUGUGACUCGCGGUCCAAGAGUCAUGGUCCUCGGCCCUCCAAACAGCGGCAAGACGACAGUCGUGAAAAACCUGGUCAAUAUGGCUCUGGGAAGCGGAAUGGGCUGGAGUCCCGGCGUUAUCGGUCUAGACCCUUCAAGCCCUUCAAACCUCAUUCCAGGCUCAUUGUCACUCUCGACCCCCGUUCACCCUAUCCCCACGCAUCACCUCGCGCACCCCCUCGGCUCCCCACCCGGCUCUGUUGCGGCCAACACGCUGUCAGGAGACGUCAGUACGAUGGGAUGGUGGUAUGGCCACGUCGAGCCGAGUACAAAGGGUAUGGAUCUGUGGAUGAAGGUGGUGGAUGAGAUGGCGGGGCGGUGGAAGGAGCGAUGCGAUAAGGAUCCGAAUGCUAUGGCCAGCGGUCUGAUCAUGGACACCUCGUCCGCUUUCGCCGUUCCUACACUCGGAACACGAAAGACUGAGCCAAAGUCACGAUACUCGCUCGUCCUCCACGCCGCCGAGGCAUUCGAGAUCGAAACACUCCUCGUGAUAGGCAACGAAAAACUCUCGAUCGACCUCUCCCGCCUCCUUCCCGCGCUCAACAUCAUCCGCCUCCCCAAGUCCUCCGGCGUCGUCGACAGGGACGAGCCCCUGCGCGAGACGGAACACACCCAGAUCAUCCGAUCCUACUUUUACGGCGAGCCCGCCCUGCCCAAAGAGAUCGAUAUCCUCCUCGGCAAGAUGGUGCAUCCCGACCACUCGCUCUCGCCCUACUCGUUCCAGAUCGGCUGGGAAACGCUCACGAUUCUGCGCGUGGGCGAGGAGAAUGCUGCGCCGACCAGCGCAUUGCCGUUGGGUUCGGCGAGGACGUUGAGCCGGACGAAAUUGAGCAGGGUGGAUCCGGCGGGUCCGGCGCAUGUGGUCAGGUUAUUGAAUACGGUGUUGGCGGUGGUGGCUAUCAAUAAGGGGGAUUGGACGGGGGCGGAACGGAAGAGAAAGGUCAAGGAGGAGGUGGAGGAGGCGGUCAAGGUGGAAUGCGUGAAGGAAGAGGGAGCGGAGGGUGGCGGGGAGGGCGAGGGUGGAGAUGAGGGGGAGCAAGGAGAGGGGGAAGAUGAGGAAGAUGAAGACGAGGUGCCGUACAAGGAGGAGAUUGGAUGGAGGGAGGUAUUAGGGUUCAUUGUCAUUACGGCGAUUGAUACGCAGCGGAAGAAGUAUACCAUUCUUUCGCCCUCACCCGGAAAGCUGCCUUCGACAGUGGCGAUUGCCGGGUCGAUCGAGUGGGUGGAUUCGGCGUAG